CAGCAGCCCUCGUGACUUAAAAAAGCUCCAAAACCAUACCCUAUUUAAGCCUUAUGUAUAACCAACAUUGUUCAUUCAUAUUCCAACUUCCAAAAUAUACCGAAUUUGCAGUCUUCCCCAAGCAGGUACCCCUUGAAUCUGAAUUAACUUUCUUUUUGUGUUGCUUCUUGUCUGCUGUAGAAAUGGAUAUUCUGCCACAAAUGAAAAGCAGAAGCAAGAGCAAGAGGAAGAGAUCUGCAGAUUCACUACUUAAAGUUGUCUACAUUUCUAGCCCCAUGAAGGUAAAGACUAGUGCAUCAAGGUUCAGAACUCUUGUUCAAGAACUCACUGGCCGAGAAUCUGAUAUCUCGCGGUUCAUGGAUAAUAAUGCUAGAGAAGCUCAAGAAUUUGAGAUUCUUCCUGAUACUUAUAGGGUAUCAAACUCAAUGACCAAUGCUAACAAACGUAAUCAGCAUCAUCUGUCAUUGUUUCCAUCAUUUCCUGGGGAGGAUCCUCACCGGGAUUCGCCUACAUGCUCGGACUCUUUGUUAGAGCAGGCACCUUCUUUUGGAGAUGUGUUAUUGAAAGAGAAAUACUAUCAGGAAUUGCUAACAUCGGAUUUGUUUUCUAACAACUCUGAAUUCGAUGUCCUUGGAAGCUAUGAUGAACUAUAAAUUAGUGCUCUUUUUAUUCUUUUUUUGUCUUUUCUCUUUCCCGUCUGAUCUUGUACACUACCUUUGUUAGUUUGGGGCUUAACUGUAUCAGUUUAGAUGUAUUCAUUGAUUAAUUACGACAAUACAGAAUUUAAUA